AUGUAUAGCUAGAAAAUUAAAUAUAGAUUAAAUAGAAAUAUCACUUGAUGUUCAUUACACCGUUGCAUUGAAUACAAAUUUUAUAUCAUCUUUAUGAUAGUAUAUUUUAAAAAAUUAAAAAGAAAUAUCCUUGUUUCGAGAAGGGUUCAGUGAUUACUAGACUAGUAUUAUUUCCGAGGUUUCAAAUAACUAAUCUAAGCUGACACCGCAUAAAUCUUCAACUAAACGUUUGCUUAGUUUUCCAAACAAUUCCAAGGCAACACACAGAAAAACACAGAUCAGAAAAUGGAAAUGCGUGACCGGCUGUAUCACCUAAUGGUGAGCCAGAGCAUGAUGUCGCGCUCGACGGUGACCGAGAGCAUGGCCAAGUUCGCGAUCCUGAAUCUGGACAGUUCCGAUUCCGUUGACAAGACGGUGGUCAAGAUUCUGCUGGGGAUCGAGGACAAGUACCGCAGUUACUUCGAGUCCUACCAAAAGGAGCUGGGCCUGCAGAGGAUCGCGGCACAGACUUUAAGUCAGCUGAUUCAGCGCUACAAGAUCACCAUGCAGGUGGACACCAGCUGCAUGUGUCCGAACAUCUACGAGAUCGAGUCCGAGGAGGCGAUCAUCAACAAGUACUAUCUGCACUACCAGGUGAUCGUCAGUUCCAACAAGAACCAGGGUUGGGCCAUCCACAGCCUUCGUCCGUACGUCCUGAUCUUUCGGCGCGAGUGUGCCAGGUUGGAUCUAAAGGAGGAGAGUCCCUUUAUCAUGGGCGACGCCUUUCACAAGCCCAUCAAGUUCUACAUUGAUCUGGUGGAGGAACUGUUCGCCUACUUCUACAGUGGUCACCUCCAACUGGAUUGCGCUGCUCGGCUGUUGGAUCCCUUGGAUCUGAACAGCGUGGAGUACUACCAGAAGCUACUGGCCCCGAAUGAGGACUUCGACGAGUACUUCCUGCACAGCAUGAGCUUCUGCAAGUGCCUGCGGAUGCCGGCAAAGUGUCCUCCGUACGAGUGCCAUAAGCUGAUCAAGGAUCAGGCCGAGCCCUACAUUACCCAGGCCAAGAAGAAGCGAUGUGCCAGGCGGUUCGACAGGAUGGCCGGAAUCGAGCAGCCGAGUUCGAAGCGCGGAAGCACGGGAACGGAACGGAAGGCGUCCAUCGUGAGCAAUCAAAGCGAGAAGAUAACCAAAAGUGCUAGUCAGACAUCGAAUCAGGAAGCUCCUGGGGAGGAAUUGGUCCCCGUUAGCCAAAAUCAUGAACGCACUCUCACGGAUAAUCUAAUGAAGGCCCUCUCCAUUGUCAAUAACGACAGGUUGCCCGAGGGAGAGACUCAAUAAAUCUGAACUGGGCAAACUUAACUGGUAAUCGGGCAAUUAAACGACCAAAGUGCAUGUGAUUGCGGUUUCGGUUUCUCGGAAACGUCUGCGGAAAUGUACUUAUCCCUCUUGCCCCUCGGGUAUUUUCUGCACGAAAGUGAGAUUUACUUACUAUGCAUAAACAUUUAAGGCUCUGCAGCUGUUGUGGCAACCAACUUCGAUUCAGAGGUACUUCCAACUGAAAACACUCGAUACUCAAAGAGCCUUAAUUGAAAGCAAACUAAAGUUUUCAUUUAAAUCAAGUGGAACACUUCAAAAUUUGUUGCCAAGUAAGUGAAAUCAAGUUGAAAGGAAUUCAAGUUGAUUUUAUGUUUUCCAAAUUCGAUUUUCAGUUAUUGCGGUAAAUUUUGAAUUAUCAAUAAAAUGUAAAUUCUCUCGA